UUUUUUUACUCUUCUGUUUCUCACACACAGAUCUGCCCGCUACUUUAUCAAUAAGAAACCCGAAGCUUGGUUGUUUUCCUUCAACUUAAAAUAUAAACUUUUUUUAAUUUUAUUGUCGCUGACAGGCCGAUGAGAGAGAGUCAGCUGAAGUUUGGCUGAAGAUGCAGACCUCGAAGAGCUUUCGGAUGGAUGAUUUUAUCGCAGGGUGGAUCGGCGGAGCUUCCAGUGUGGUGGUGGGCCAUCCUCUGGACACAGUGAAGACGCGGCUCCAGGCGGGGAAAGGCUACAAGAACACUCUACACUGCAUUCUCACUAUCUACAGGAAGGAAACGGUCAUGGGUUUCUUUAAGGGCAUGUCUUUCCCACUGGCCAGCAUCACCGUCUACAACUCAGUGGUGUUUGGCACCUUCAGUAACACACAGAGACUCAUUAGCAAGUAUCGCUAUGGUGACGGGCGGCAUCCCUGCAGCAUGGCGGACCUUACUGUGGCCAGCAUGCUUACUGGUCUGGUGUCAGUGGGCCUGGGAGCCCCGGUGGACUUGGUCAAGAUCAGACUGCAAAUGCAGACGCAGAUGGUUCUAGCAGAGAAUUUGCAACUUGCCGGCAACGUAUCGAAUGGCACCAACAUCCCUAUGCGCUCCAUCAGCAUCCCCAGCCAGAGACUCUACCGAGGCCCGAUCCACUGCAUCAGCAGCAUCCUGCAGACCGAGGGCCUGCAGGGCCUGUACAGGGGGGCCGGGGCCAUGAUCCUGAGGGACGUCCCUGGAUACAUGCUCUACUUCAUCCCUUACGCCAUCAUGUGUGACCUGCUGAAGCCAGACGCCUCGUCAAGCCUUCACCCUGGUUCCAUCUGGCUGGCUGGAGGACUAGCAGGGUCCAUUUCCUGGGUCACGGCGACUCCUGCCGAUGUGGUGAAGAGUCGAAUGCAGGCCGACGCUCAGCUCCAGAGGAAGUACAAGGGGAUCUUACACUGCAUCGUCCACAGCUACAAGACGGAGGGCGCACAGGUUUUCUUCCGCGGGGUGACGGUCAACGCCAUCCGAGGCUUCCCGAUGAGCGCCACCAUGUUCCUGACCUACGAACUCUCGCUGCGGUUCAUCAGGAGUCUCUAGGGCAAAGGAAACAUUUUGGUAGGAAAAGGAAUCACGCUCACGAGCCCCAGUUUCUUUGAGACGAGAGAGAGUUUUUAGUAGCUGUGAGGCUCUGCUCACACAUCAGAAUUUCUGAACAUAUCGCUGUGGAGUGAAUAUUUUUCGCUCUCUGAUGUAGCCACUGCUGACCCUCUUUCCACACGAAGAUUGGUGUUUGAUUAUUGGAUCAAUGAAGUUUGAAACUAGUACUCUACAUUUUUAAUUACCAAUAAUUAGGACACCAAAGUUAUCCAUGUCUUCCUGAGCACAACCUUGG